CUGUAGCAGACAGUCAGGUGGAUGACAGGUUUUUUCAUCGUUUGACAGGUUUUUGUUUUUGAAAUCGCAUUAAUUUACAAUGGCAGACGAUAAAACAAGUCUACUUGGUGGAGGACAGCAGUCGACGUCAUCCGACUCUGAUGCUCUUUACCAUGACAGUUCCCAGUCGCCCACAAUGCGGCGAAUUCAGAUUGGAUUUGUUGGUUUGAUUGUGAUCAUGGUCCUUAUCAGUGUUUCUCUCAGCAUAUACCAGGGGAUAGACCAAGGAAAAGAAGGUGCCCUCUACUUCUUGCUGGGACUCAGUCUGAUGGGACUUGUUAUUGUUGAGAUAUGUUUGAUAAUGUUUAUUAGAAAAGGAGAUUUACCGAAGGGGAAACAGUGGUUUCUUUAUUUUGUUGGAUUCUGUAUCUUCUUGGAGGCAAUUUUCACAGAUGUUCUUGUGUUUCAGUGACAGGACAGUGACAGUGUUUUAUUUAUAGGAGAUUUUUUAUUGUAAUAUUACAGUAUUUUUCUUAUAAAAAUGAUGCAUGUUUAUGGUGUGAUAUCAAACUCCAGUGAUUUGAACAAUAUUGUCUAUGCUCAUGCUAAUCACAGAGUUAUAAAAUAUUCAAUUUUUGGUGCAAUCCAUGUUCCAUACUAGGUUUUUAUGAAUGUGUUGAUAUAUACGAGCAUUUUGAAGACUUGUCAAAAACUAUUUUACUUCUAAAUGUAAGUAUGCAAGUUUGUACAGCCUAUGUACAUAACCCAGAAGGAUGUACACAAUAUUCUUGUCAGUGAAAUGAUCAGAAGUAAAUAAAAAUUAACCAUCACAUGAGAAAACCUAGUAAUUAGCAUCACAUGAGAAACCAAGUAAACACGGCUCAAAGUUUGAUAUCGUUUACUUUGGUGUUGAAAACGUGACAUUGAUGUUGUAUUUUUACAAGAUAUAAUUAAUUUAAUUCAAGAUAAGAGUGCCAAUAGUACAUACAUUCUUCAAAAUAUAUCAAUACAGGGGUGGCACAAUGUAAAAAAUAGUGGUACAGCUCGAGGGUUGCCAGACUCCUUUCAAAUUCACCUGUGAAGGACAUUUUCAGAUACAGCAAAUAUAACCCACACACACACACACACACAAAGUGGUGGCCCACCACCCCUGUAAUACAUUGUAUAUUAAUGUUAAUAUAUUUUGAAGAAUGCAUUUACUAUUUACAUUUUGCCACGUGUUUCUAUUUGCAUUUUAAUAAAAUACAAUGAAUCAACACUAUAUUUAUGAUCUUCAUAUUGAAUAUGGUAAACAAUGUUAAUUUAUAUAUUAUGUUCUUGUAAUAUAUACUAUUUGAAAUAUAUUUUUGGUGCUUGUUAAAUAAAUAUAUAUUUUUUA